CAGAGGUACGACACAUAAUCGUAUUUAAAUUUUAAGUGUUUUUCGUCAAAUAUUUGGUGUUUCGUAAAAAAUUAAACAUAACGAAAAUUGGCAUUAGCUUCUGAGUGAGCAAAAUUAUAAUUUCGAGACAAAGGUUCGACUAGCAGUUAGACAAAAAAUGGUCUGGCUACAUUCAUGUUGGUCACCAUGCAUAUGGACAAAUUCAGUAAAAACCGGAAGCUACGCCGUGGCGGCUUAUACUGUGGCGAUAAGCGUAGUGCUCAUUACAAUGACGGCUUAUAUGCUUGCUGGUGGCGAUUCAUCUCAGUUGUAUUCGCCUCUUUUUGAGACAGAUAUUCGCGACUCGAUGCAAGUGGUUGGUGGAUUUUUUAUCGCAUACUUCAUUCUGCUGAUAUUAUCUGCAGGGGGAAUAUGCUAUUCGCUGAAAACUACUACCCGCGGCUGGAUGAUUCCAUGGCUAACGUUGUUUGGAGUAGGAAUUCUAUUUCAAUUUGUUUUUGGUCUAUGGCUGAUUGGUGGAUACUACAUAUACCUACAACAAACUCUUUCUAGUUUAAUUUUGUGGGUGUGGAUGGCAUACAAUAUUUACUGUUGGAUGUGUGUCUAUUCACAGUAUCAAAUAUUCGUCGGAAUGCAGUCGCCUAAUAUAGAACUUCUGAUGCCUUAACUUCUAUCACGAAGAAAACAAAGAUAUUCCAGUAAUAUUUUAUAACUUUUUAUACACUGACAAUUUCAAGUUAUUUUGAAUGGUUUAUAUAACAGAUACAUUCAAUAAGAGCAUUUUUGUACAGUAUUAUACUGCCGUACAAACAUUAGGUUAGUAAUGCCAAUAUCAACUAUAGUAAGCAGAUUUAGGUGCCGAACCGUCCACUAAGUACGACAUGUACCUGUUAUCUUACUCCGCGGUUGUUUUUUUUUUCAUUUAAACUUGAAUAUGACGUAAUCGUUCAUUUCCUUUCAAAAGUUUUAAAACAAAUCGAAUUUCACUGAAAUAAAUCAGUGGUACUCACAUAAUUUUCGAAUAUAUGUUCUCAUUAAUUUUACUUUGCUUUAAAUUACUAUUGCUCCUUUAGUGUUCUAUAACGUUAUAUUAAAUUACAAUAAGCUUUUUUUGUAUUACCUGCAAAUUCAACCGU